UCAAUACGGAACAUUGGGCACGUGAGGACUGACGUCACUUUAGGCGCGGACUUUUGUUAGCGGAAAUAGUUCAGCUCCGACAGAUGGCGUUGUCUCCUGUUGGCACUAAUGACAUGACCACAGACAGGAAAUCUGACCGAAGUCACAAGAGGAACAAAAUCACAAGGGAUGUGGAGUUGGACAUUGAGAAUCUUUACAGAGCUGUUCCUCAACUUACUAAGGUUUUCAGGAUCACAGAUAAAAUUGGAGAAGGUACCUUCAGCUCAGUGUACCUGGGUGAAGCUCAGAUGAAGGAUGGGAGGAGAGAGAAGUUUGCCCUCAAACACCUCAUUCCAACCAGCCACCCAACACGUAUUGCUGCAGAGCUUCAGUGUCUGACGGUUGCUGGAGGUAGAGAGAAUGUGAUGGGUGUGACCUACUGCUUCAGGAAAGAGGAUCAUGUGGUGAUCGUUAUGCCUUAUAUGGAGCAUCAAGCCAUUGUGGACGUGAUUGACUCUCUCAGCUUUGACGAGGUGCGGCUGUAUCUCUACCACCUGCUGAAGGCCCUGAAACACAUCCAUCAGUUUGGCAUCAUUCAUCGGGACAUCAAACCCAACAACUUCCUUUACAACAGAUACUGCAGAACCUAUGCACUGGUGGACUUCGGCCUGGCACAGGGUGCAGCUGGCACACAAAUCGAGCUGCUGAAGGUGGUGAGGCAGAAGCCCUGUCAGAAAGGUGGAGGGUCCCCACGGAAAGCAACACCAUGUCAAACCACCACAGCCCCCACCUCACUGCGUCUGUCCACACGGCAGCCCGCGGUCCUUCCGUCUGCUGCUGCUGCCUCUGCGGCCUCUCGCAAAAAACUGGUUAAAAAAGCACAUUCUGUUACUGUCACGCACACUACUCCCGCCUCUCACACGAAGCAUGCAAAGGAUUGGACAGGUGCACGCAGAGCACCGCGGCCUGUGUUUGGAGAGAAGAACCUGAAUAGUAACACUUCCAACACCAAACAGGCCGCCUUCAAGACACAAAUGCUGAAGUCGGGCAGAAUGGAGGACAGUAGUGGCCGGAAGUGUUCUGCAGCUAGUCGGGGCCCCCUGCCUGUCAGGUCGCAGAGCAGCACUCAGAGACCUCAGAGGGCCGUGCACCAGGGCCUCACGUGCAACUGCUACAAGACCGACCGCAUCUGCAACAUCUGCCUGUCCAGGAAGCAGCAGGUGGCUCCCAGAGCUGGAACACCCGGUUUCAGAGCACCAGAGGUCCUCAUGAAGUGCCCCGACCAGGACACAGCCAUAGACGUUUGGUCAGCUGGCGUGAUCUUGCUCUCGCUGCUCAGUGGCCGUUACCCGUUCUUCAAAUCCAGCGACGACUUGAUCGCUCUCACUCAGAUCAUGACCAUACGUGGCUCCAGAGAGACCGCCCAGGCUGCUAAAACCUAUGGCAAGGUGGUGGUGUGUAGUCAGGAGCUGCCUCGGCAGGACCUGAGGACAGUUUGUGAGACGCUGAGGGGGCGGAGGCCUCGGGCAGAUAGUGUGACAUCACUUCCUGAAACCAAAAAGGACUCAGAAUCUGAUGAUGGUCCUGUCGAUCCGUCUGAAGCAUCUUUAACUCACGCUGGCCUACACGUGUCUUCACGCCACUCAGGGAGCACAGAGAGUGACGCGGUGGACAGCAGAGACCAGAGAGGCUGGGACAGAGUUCCUGAUGAAGCCUACGACCUGCUGGACAGGCUGCUGGACCUGAACCCUGCCUGCAGGAUCACAGCUGCUGAGGCUCUGCAGCACCCACUGUUCAGAGACCUACGAGCCUGAACAAGUUGGGAGGAGCCUGUCGUGAGGGCUGUGUCAGGGCAUUUCUCUGACAGUGGGCGGGUGGAGGUGAGGGAGGCUCCUUAAAUUAUCUGCUGUAGGCUUCCUGACUGUCAAGAGAGAGUGCAAAGCACAGAUGGAGACAGUCGGCGUGCUUCAGUGCAGCCUGUUGGACCGUUUGGUUUAGCAUCAGGUUUUUACUGCCUUACAAACACUCUCUGUUCAGUGACUUGCACAUGGGUACUUUGGCAGAUGUUAGUCCAUCACAUUUUGGUUCAUUUGCAACCUGCAGAAUCAUCUGACCCUAAAGGUUGUGCCGACUUUAGUGUGGAAAUACUCUGUUACUUUUAUUAAAGUACUAAUAGUACACAAAAACACAGAUAUAUAACCAUUUUUAUAGUUGAUCUUCACAUGUUCUGUCCUUUUUAAAAUGUUGGUCUGACGCUGGUCUCCAAAGUUCUUAAAAAAAAAAAAAAAAAAAAAAAAAAAAAAAAAAGCAAGAGGUUUGUCACAAACACCCCAUAAAUGCUGAUUCUAAACCCCCCCCAUUGUCACUUGAAGUGGAAAGGACCUGCUCUUUGCCACGCCCCUUCUCCUACAGGAAGAAGUCCAUAUAUGGACUUCUGUUACGUUGAAGCAUGUUUCCAGUCUAAAUGUUUAAAGCAGGAUGAUUUCUAUAUGCAGAGAUGGAAUAUUCAACAUCAAACUACAUUAACUAGAGAAGCAAAAUCAGAUUUGUUUUCCAGUAUGACCUCACUGACCAUGUUUGAUGCUGCGACAAAGAGGCUUGUUUUGCAAAGAAAUGAAAUUAUUUUUUUCUUCUUUAAUUUAUUAAAGUCAACUGUAAUGUUAA